AUGAAAUAUUUAGUCGCUUUCCUGUUGAUCGGUUUAUUAUUGUGUUCAACAAUAUUAGCUCAACCAGCAGAUGGUUCUAACACUUCAUCAGACGACAAUGAUAGUGGCGAUUUAAGUAGCGGAGGUGAUGGUUCUGAUGAUAGUAGCGACACAAGUGGUAGCGACAGCAUAAAUGUUGAUGAACCUGUUGAUACUGGCAUUGAUGUUGAGAGUGAGCUAGCUGGUGAUGGAGGGUCAGACGGUGAUUAA